AAAGCCUUACUACACUAUGUAUAUGUGUACUAUAUGCAGCUGCUGCCAUGUGGCGCUGAACUGCAAGAGGAGGGAGCUGCUGAGCAGGAAGAGUCAGGGGCGGACUGACAACUCAUGGGGCCCCCGGGCAAUAGGUGAUCAUGGGGCCCCUUUGUCCUUGCCCAAACUCAAAAAACCUAUGAAAAAGGUACCAGGGGCAUCUCAUGGGGCCCCCUACUGACCCUGGGCCCUCGGUCAGUGCCCGAGUUCCCAAUUGGUCAGUCCGCCCCUGGGAAGAGUUCAAUAGACUG